ACAAGUCGUCGUGAGACACUUUAUCAAAACCUAGGAAAUCCAGUUUAAAAAAAAAUAAUAAUAAUCCUGUAAUUUUUCUGUAAAAUUUGGAAUAACUCGGAACACUAGUAACCUUAACUCUCAAAGCAACUUAGACGCUGUAUGGAAAUAUUCUAUUGAAGACUUACUUACACUGGGGUGGAGUCGGUGUACGAUGUGGGACCGUCUGGGAGGAUGGUUUGACUCCUCCCAGCUGGAUCUGUUUGGUUAGUGUGAGUGAGGAGUCAAUCAGUCUAUAACUAGGAGAUACAGUGAACAGAGCUGCAAAUCCAUUUUCAUCCCAUUGGAAUGAUCAGACUAUGUCUAGUUCAGUAAUACCUUUGCUUUUAAUAUAGGAAUUGGGGGGUGGAAAUUGAUUAAAAACCUUUCAGGAAUUACCUAAGCCCCACCAUGUGCAAAAAAGGCAAACACACCUGGAAGCCAAAUCCGCAACACAUGGGCGGUAUGAAGACAGAUACUCCAAAUGUCAUUUUUAUUCAUAGGUUGCCGGUGGUUUACAAAAGACUCACUUGUUUCCUUUAGCGAGGCUUUUAGUAGUAAGCCAUCAGUUUUAGAAAAGUCCUUGAAAAGAGCAGAAAGGAUGAAGGAGGCUUGUGGAGCGAAAUGUGUUCUGUUUCUGCUAUUUGUUCAAACUUGGCUUGUUGAAAAUGCUGGUCACACGUCUCCUGGAAAGCCAGUGUUGCUCCGUUGCAGAUCACCAGAAAAAGAAACUUUUGCUUGUUGGUGGCAGCCAGGUUCUGAUGGAGGGCUUUCUACUAACUACUCUUUGUAUUACACCAUGGAGGGAUCCCGGGAAGAUGCAGUCCAUGAGUGCCCGGAUUACAAGACUGCAGGUCUAAACUCCUGUUAUUUCAACAAGACCUACACAUCUCUUUGGAUAACAUACACUAUAAGUGUUGUUGCACAGAAUGCAUUGGGGAACAAGUCUUCAGAUCCUAUGUUUGUGGACGUAGCAUACAUAGUUCAGCCGCACAAACCUGAGAACAUCUCAGCAGAACUGAGGACCCAGGACCAGAAACCCUAUCUGAUGGUGAAGUGGGAUCCCCCCCACAAGGCCGAUACCAAGUCUGGCUGGAUCACCCUUCAGUAUGAGAUCCGUCUGAAGCCAGAGAAAGGAGCCGAAUGGGAGUCCCACUAUGCUGGCCAGCAAAAGCAGUUCAAUGUGUUUAGUUUACAUCCCGGGGAAGUGUACCUGGUGCAGGUUCGCUGCAAACCGGAUCACGGAUUCUGGAGUGAAUGGAGCUCCACUGCUUACAUAGAAAUACCUGACUAUUUCAGACCAAGAGACACUUCAGUAUGGAUUUUGAUUGCUGUCCUCCUGUCUGUGUGUAUUUUUCUGAUCCUAGCUUGGACCGUUGCUAUAAAGUGGAACAGGAUAAAGAGUUAUCUAUUACCACCAGUCCCUGGGCCAAAGAUUAUAGGGUUCGAUACCCAGCUGCUGAAAAGUGGAAAAUCCGAAGACCUGUUAAAUGCUUUAGGCUGCCAAGGUUUCCCUCCAACGUCAGACUGUGAAGACCUGAUGGUUGAGUUUCUAGAAGUAGAUGACAGUGAUGAGCAGAAACUGGUGAUGAAUGAAGGAGAGGAUGAUCUGGAAGGAAGAGUGAAAUCCAGUGGCAAUGAUGUAGAUAAAGACUCAGGACGAGGGAGCUGUGACAGUCACACUCUCCUCCUUGAGGUGUCUAAUUCCAGCACGAAAACUUAUGCACAGGUUGGAGGCAACUCCAACAACAAGGGAAGUGUCAAGCUUUCUAGGAAAAGUAGCACCAAUGGAAAACUGCUCAGUUUUGAGACGGCAGGCGAAAAAACAAACACUUGGCCAACAGCCAACUCACCUUUUCUCCUGGCUCGGCAAUCAUCCUGCUACAACAUAUCUAAAAUCCACAGAGAGGCAAGCUCUUUAGGGAACAAAGCUGACAUGCAUGGAAACACAAGCUCCACUCAAAGCAAAUCUAAGGAAUGCAGGGAGUUGCACUCCACAGUUUCAGGAGACCAAGAGACAUGGUUUGCCGACGAGAAGCACGCCCCUUUACUGCCCUUCAAAUCAGUGGAGUACGUUGAGGUCCAAAAACUUAACCAGCAGAGCAUGCUGAUACUAAAGCCAAAAACUGAAGGACACAAGAGUGUACCCCCAGAAUUCAUAGGGCAGGAAUACACAAAAGUGAGUGGAGUCGUCAGUGACAGGGUUCUGCUGUUGCUAAGGGAUACAGGAGCCCAGGGUUCAAGCAACACCCAGGAAGGGGAAAACCAAGCAGUACACCCCAGUCUUCAAUGUCAGGUUGGGAAAAUGGUGGGCACUUUCCCUGCUUCUCCAGCACCAGAGGGCAUGCAGUUGGCAGCAUCUGGCUAUGUAGACACAGCUGCUCUCCUGCAGUCAUUUUAAAUAACUUUUCACUUUAAGGUUACUCCACCAGUACCCAGUACUGUUCUUCUGAAGAAAUGUUCUGAAAAACUCAAGAAAAGAACUUGUCUGAAAGAAAGGGAAAUACUGUAGCACUUUUAAAAAGAGAUUGGAAAAAGUUAAUUAAGUAGAGAAGCAAUGCUGUAAAGCCAAAUGUUUUGACACAUUUUCCAAAUCUUAUUUUGUAAUUGAAAACUGUUAAUUUAAUGUAUAUAAAAUUAUUUACAUUUACUCCACACAACUUUUCUGAAUAUUUUUGAAUUUGUUUCUAUUGAAAGAACACUUGUGCAGAGAAGAUGGGAUUUAUUUCCUGUAUGGUGUCUGUCCAGUUUGUUUUAUAUACACUAUCUCACCCUCACAUCGAUGACGCAAAGAGCACUUUGCUGAGCUUGCAAGUUUCAAGGAUGUGCAAAAACAGAAGACAAGAAUUAGAAACCAAAUAACAUGAAUGACACAUGAGUUUAAUAAUUAUUGAAUUUUAUAUACCCUUUCCAUUCUGCCUUUUAAGAAUGAUAAUUUUGGGACCAUGAAACAUACAAGCUGCUGUUGACAUCAAAUGCGUUCUUGCAUAGUCAGGAGAGAUACAUUUGUAAUAUCUGUGUAUUCCAACCCUUUAGUUUACCACAGUAUUUUUGCACUAUAUUUCUUCAGUUUUACCAUGCUUUUCCCAUGGUUAUACUAUGCAUUUACCAUAGUUUAAUGAAAUGAAAUAGUAAACUGUCUUAAGUUCUUUUUAUGAAGAAGCUGUUUAGCCAACACCAUCUUGGAACCAUUUAAUACCUUGGCAGGUAUAAUGUCUUCAUGUGGUUGUAGAAGUGUAUAUAUAUGAGAACAAGUGUAUCGCUUUACAAAAAUGUAUCUAUAAUAUACAAAAAGAUAUGUGUAGUUUAUAUAUUAGAUAGAUAUAUCUACACACACACACAUGUUGUGUUUUGUUGGUGAUGUGGUAUGGUUUUCAUACACAAUGUAGCUUUAUUUGUAUAAUAUAUGUUCUAGUGUUUGUGAUGGGACAUUCAUCUAGCAUUGACGUUUGGUAAUUCAUGGAUCACAGCUUUCUGAGUGUUUUCAAUGUACAGUAGAUGUAAUUACUUUCACAAUACUACAGCUCAUAUUUUGUAUCCAAUGAUAUUGGAGGAACAGACCCAAAAUCACUAAAAUAUUGCAAAAAUCAAAAAUAAAUAAAUAAGGAAAUGUAAAACUAAUCAAAUCAGCACAAAAUCUACUUUCUUGUAUAGUAAUUUAUAAAAAUGACCAUUGUGUUCAGUUAUUGUGCCAUGGAAAAUGAACCAUUAUUCAACUUUCUUAUAGUUCAUAUAGUAUAGAAUUACACUGCAUGUCCUUUACAGUAAAAUUGGGAAAGAUUACCGGUAACAAUAAAGCUAAUCACAAUAAAACAAUUACAUAAAACUUUGCCAUUCUUUUAAAAAAUAUUUUCUGUUCAAUAGAUUUGUUCCUAUUUUUAUAUAGUACUUCUCAGAAAUCAGCCAAUCGCGGAAAUGUUUGACACAAUUCCAGUACAGUACAUCUUAUCCAGUGUACGGAUGUCAUUCCCUGCAUGGAAUUCCACACCUAAUUCCAAUGUUCAAAAAAAAAAAAACCAAACAAA